AUGUUAGCCGUCUGGGGCAAAAGUGGACGAAGUUUUAUGCAGGCCAUGUAUUUUAGUGAUUCUAUUGGUGGAGUUAUCGCCCCUGUCGUAACAGCCCAGUUUUUGUCUCCAUGGCAGCAAGCAGAGCAGAGCGCAUUCAACCAUACAACAGUCGAUCAUAGAAACAAUAACCAUUCAGAAGGAGCGAACGUUUAUGGCGAAAAUAGAAAUUUUAGCAACCAAGGAGUAACCUUCUUCUCUUCAAGGAACCUUGCCAAAGAUAAUGAGACGAUAUCAACACAAUAUUACAUCAUAUCGCCAUUGUUUUAUGCUUAUAUGAUACCUGCCAUUAUUUGUCUGCUGGUAGCGUUGAUAUAUAUGAUAAUGUUUUUAUCUUUCAAAUAUAACAUUUACGCUGAUCGUGAUAUAGCGGAAGUGACGUCAUCAGGAUAUAUUUCAACAAGUCGAAAAGUUAUGAUUCUCAUUAACAUCGGCCUAAUGUCAGGUGUAUACACUGCUAUAGAAGAAUCGUUUUCUGGGUUUCUGUCCACAUUUUGUAUAACCCAGUUUAAGUGGACAACAUCAAAUUCUUCAUAUAUAUUGUGUGCGUUCUACAGCUGUAUGGGAAUGGGGAGACUCGUAGCUGUGUUCUGGGUAUCCUACUUAAAUCCUAAGAAAAUCUUAGGAGUACUAUGCCUACUAGUUUCAGUGAUGUUAUUGAGUACAACAUUGUGUAGUUUACAAUCCUCUGAUAGCGGUUUAUGGCUGUCAGUCGCUUUAUUGGGAUUUGUCUUUGCCGUGAUUUUACCAACAGUAUUUACGUGGACAGAGGAAGAUUACUUCCCUGUGACUGGACAUAUAUCAUCCUACUUAAACAUCGCCGCCGACUGUGGAGCCACUGUUAAUCCCGUGAUCAUCGGAUCGAUGAUGGAACAUUACUCACCGAUGUGGUUCACAUACAUCCUUUUGAUCGAGUCAUUUGUAUUGUUAACAACAUAUGUAAUCGGAGCAUUUCUGUCAAGACAAAAAAGAAAAGCUAUAAAUGGAAACACUUACCAGUCUAUGGAUUAG